AGUCGCAAGCAAACACACCAGCCGCUCGGCACUCGUACCUCGCCAAAGCACACCUUUCCAGAGCAAACUCCGGUCUUGAGGCCUUCGAGCAAAGAUCGAACGAAAGCCAAAGAAUUCUCUCUCACUCUCGGUGCCAAUCAGUCUGCAGCCAGCUUAGGACCACCGUGUAUCCACCUCCAGUCGGACUGAUAUCCGCUGUUCCUCCGCAGGACCGAGAUGGGCGAACGCAAGGGACAAAACAAGUACUACCCGCCCGACUACAACCCCAACAAGGGCGGGUUGAACAAAUUCCUGGGCACGCACGCCCUCCGCGAGCGGGCCCGCAAGAUCCACCUGGGCAUCAUCAUCAUCCGCUUCGAGAUGCCGUACAACAUCUGGUGCGAGGGCUGCAACAACCACAUCGGCAUGGGCGUCCGGUACAACGCUGAAAAGACCAAGGUCGGCAUGUACUACAGCACCCCCGUGUACCAGUUCAAGAUGAAGUGCCACCUCUGCGACAACUACAUUGAGAUGAAAACGGACCCUGGCAACCUGGACUACCUCAUCGUGAGCGGGGCCCGGCGCCAGGAGAACCGGUGGGACCCUUUGCAGAACGAGCAGGUCGUCCCUGAGAAGAAGGAGACCUCGAGGAGGAUGGCGGACGACGCCAUGUUCAAACUCGAACACGAAACGCAGGACCAGUCGGCCGCCCAGGCCGCCGCCCCGAGACUCAAGCAGCUCAUGAACAGGGCCGAGGACGUUUGGAAGGACGACUACGGCGCCAACUGCGCCCUGAGGGCCGACUUCAGGGCCAAACGGAAGGACCUGAAGCGCAAGUCGGAAGAGGACGCGGCCCUGUUGGUGCGCAGCAGUCUGCAGAUGGAGUUGCUGGCCGAGACUGAGGAGGACCGGCGCAUGGCCAAGUUGAUGAAACUGACGCCGAAAGAGUCGGGCGCCGAACGGCUCCUCCGGACGGUCAAGAAGAUUGAGGAAAAACCAAUUCUCGAGUCGACCGUCAAGGAUGGGAAGGUUUUCAAAAAAUUGGAGGAAAAAGCUUCGGGACUGAAACCAAUUUCCUUGGGAAUCCGAAGGUCGGGUGAUAAAAAAGUCAAAGAGGAACCAAAGGAAGAGGACGAGGGUGGUCCUAGUGGAGUGACGGACGGACCGUCCGGUUCUGGACUAGGUGGACUUGUGGCCUAUGGCUCGUCGUCCGACAGCAGCUCAGACUGAUUGGCAUUUUCCUAUCACAUUGUUUAAGGUUAAAUAAUUCAUCAGAAAAAAAUGGAAUAUUAAAUUUUGAAAUAAUUUUUGGUUACAAUUGCUCCAAUUAUUUGGGAAUAAAUUAACGACUUCAUGAUUGUUAUAGAACCUUGUGUAUUUACGCUUAUAGAGAAUUAUGUCUCAAAUUAAAAAGAAUAUUUUGUAAAAUAGCCGAGUCUCGUAUAAUUUUCUCUGUGCCAGUUGGAAACCGA